AUGCCUUACAUCGUCGCCGUAACCCCCAACAUCCCAUCCGCCAACAAGGACGAGUUCCUCGGAGUAUGGCCCUCGAUCAAGGCCGACAUCGCUAAGCAGCCCGGUGUCCUCGGCGUAUCAGGCGGCGAAGUCAUAGGAGAGAACUUCUCGCCCGUCUCGGACUUCAAGUUCUUCCAGACAAUGGCCUUCGCGUCACCCGAAGACGAAAAGGCAUUCGCCGACUCGGCAUGGGCGAAGGAACACUUCGAAAAGGCACAAGCAAAGAUGGCCGGCCCGCCGAUGAUCAGGAAGUUCCAGACCGGCGACUUCCCCGACGCCAAGCCCAAGGCCCUGACGCAGUUCUCCUUCCUCGAGCUGGCGGACGAGGGCAAGCACGAUGAGGCGAAGCAGGCGUGGAUGGAUCUCGUCGCUGCGAUUGGGGACACGUCCUUCGGUGGGCGCAGCGCGGAUGAUGGUCCCACGACCGGACUUGGUGUUCUUGGAUGGGAUAGUAGAGAUCAAGCUAUUGAGGUAUACAAGAAGCCUGAGGUGGCGUCGGCUUGGGAUAAGUACAAGGGUUUUGGGAAGACGACUACCAUCUUGGUGAAGCUUGAGGCAUAG